GUUAAGUUUUCAAAAAUAUUGAGUCAUUUUUUAGUAGCAAAACCAGUAAGGUGCCAGGUGUUACACUUUACAUAAAAUUAUUUCCUUGAAUUCCUAUAACAGCUCUUUGAGGUAGACUGUUUUGUUUUGUUUUGUUUUUGUUUUUCUAAUUUUACAGAUGAGAAAACUGUGACUGACUGAGAUAAUUUGCCAUAGACUCCCAUAGGUGGGCUUCAACUGAGGUCUCUUAGAUUCUAAAACUCAUUCUGUUUCCCAGACUGUCUUAAUUUUACUUUCAUUUAUUUAUUAACUUUUCAUUUAGAAAUAAUUUGACUUACAAAAUGUUGCAAAAACAGAAAUCUGAAGACAGAAAAUUCAUGUCCUUAACUUCCUCAAACCACUAUAUAAUUUUUAAAAUCAGGGAAUUAACACUGAUACCGUGUUAACUGUCCUAUAAACAUUACUCAAAUUUUGGCACUUGUUUACUAAUACGAUUUUUUUUUUAGUCUAGGAUUCAAUCCAGGAUCCCACAUUACAUUUAGUUGUUGUAUCUUAGUCUCCUCUUCAGUUCCUUAGUGCUUUCUGGACCAUGGUGCUUUCCAAGAGUACUGAUUAGUUACUUUGUAGACUUUGUAACUUUAAAUGCAUUGGGUUUGUGUAUGCAUUUUUUAAAAAAAAUAGAUCUUUAUUGGAAUAUAAUUGUUUUACAAUACUGUGUUAGUUUCUGUUGCACACCAGAGUGAAUCAGCCAUACGCAUACAUAUGUCCCCAUACGCCCUCCUUCUUGAGCCUCCCUCCCAUCCUCCUUGUCCCACCCCUCUAAGUCAUCGCAAAGCACCGAGCUGAUCUCCCUGAGCUGUGCUGCUGCUUCCCACUAGCUAUCUAUUUUACAUUCAGUAGUGUACAUAUGUCCAUGCUACUCUCACUUUACCCCAGCUUCCCCCUCCCUGCCCCCGUGUCCUCAAGUCCAUUCUCUAUGUCUACGUCUUUAUUCCUGCCCUGCAGCUGUGCUCAUCAGUAUCAUUUAUUUAUUUAUUUUUUUAAGAUUCCAUGUAUAUGUGUUAGCAAAUGGUAUUUGUUUUUCUCUUUCUGACUUACUUCACUCUGUAUGACAGACUCUAGGUCCAUCCAUCUCACUACAAAUAACUCAGUUUCCUUUCUUUUUAUGGCUAAUAUUCCAUUGUAUAUAUGUGCCACAUCUUUAUCCAUUCAUCUGUCGAUGGACAUUUAGGUUAGUUCCAUGUCUUGGCUAUUGUAAAUAGAGCUGCAUUUAAUGUUUAGGGAAGAGGAUUUUCCUUGGUGUCACAAUUGUAUGAAUGAUUCUUUUUAAUACACUUCAUUAUGUCAUUGCCAAUUAUUGGGACAUUUUGGUAUGAAUGAGCGUGAAGUGACGUUGGUUGGCCUUUGUUUAGAAUCAUAACUUGUCCCACCAGAAGGGCCUUUGAGGAUCAUCUGGUGGUCUACCACCCAGGCUUCACAGAUGGCAGCAUCACAGUCUGCACAUCCUGCCUCCUUGUCCUUUGUUUCUUCUACUUCAUCCUCCUACUGCGAAGGCCAACGAACAGCCGUUCACAAUGUCCGUUGACUUAAAUGUGUUUAGUCUUUGACAUUUUGACUCAUCAUUUGGUCUUGGUAUAAAGUCACCUUUGCUUUUCUUUUAAGAUAGACAAUAGUAUGUAGCUCAUAAAGGGAAUUUGGCACAGCUCGCAGUGAUUUCUCUGUGUAGUUAAAUGCCAUAUCUCUUUUCAACAGCUCCAUCCCUUUGUGUGUACAUGUUUGGCAUCAGCCUGGGUAGCAGAGAUUCCCUUAAUGCUUAUAAAACUGAUAUGUUAAUAUACCAGACUUACUUUAGGUCUCCUUGGCCUUCUUUGAAGGACUAAUACAGAUAUAUCAGCUUAACUGCUUCCUCGUGCUCUCUUGGAUAAUGCCAGUUGGAAGUUGGUAAACAAUGGCUUCUUUGGAGGUCAUUGACUUUUUGGGUGGGAGUAUUAUAAAAGGCAGGCAUAGACUUCUGAGCUUUUUGGAAAGUUGUGUCUUUCCUUUUUUUUUUUUUUUUGCGGUACGCGGGCCUCUCACUGUUGUGGCCUCUCCCGUUGCAGAGCACAGCCUCCGGACGCGCAGGCUCAGCGGCCUAGCUGCUCCGCGGCAUGUGGAAUCUUCCCAGACCGGGGCACGAACCCGUGUCCCCUGCAUCGGCAGGCGGACUCUCAACCACUGCGCCACAAGGGAAGCCCCUUUCUUUUUUUUUAAAAUAUUAUUUAUUUAUUUAUUUGGCUGCACGAGGUCGUAGUUGCGGCAUGCAUGCGGGAUCGAGUUCCUUGACCAGGGAUCGAACCCUGGCCCCCUGCAUAGGGAGUUUGGAGUCUUAACCACUGGACCACCGAAGUCCUGGAAAGUUGAUAUGUUAAUAACUCCUUACUCUCUUAAGAGUCGGCUUUAUGAAAGCUUAUUAUAUUUUCCCCCUGUAAAUAAGAGACGUAAAUAUACCCUAUCUUCAUGGAUCUACUCCCAGAAAUAUACUGAAUGUUAUUCCUGUAGUUAGAUGGACUCUAUUUCUUGACCUCUCACUCUUCAUAGCUAUGUAUUUGUUUUAAUGUGUAUUUUGUUUUUUACCCAUUAUUUUGAAAUUUUUGGCCUCUUGCCUUUUAAUAUGUAAAACACAUGAAAGCAAGGUAUAUGACAGUGUAGGAGAGUCUAUGUUUUACUCUUGUUAGACUGUUACAUACAUAUAAUAUAAGCAGUGAUAUUUGCAACACAUUUAUGUCUUGGGGAAAGAGAAGGGAUUAGUUUAUACAUUCUGUGAAGAAUGUAAAAAUUAUAAGUAAAUUCAGAAUGAACUCAAAUAUACCUUGAAAAAUCCCUUGUGUCACCCAGAAAGUAUGGCAAAUGUGCAGAGCCCUGUGCAGUAAUUAUUAGCCACUGCAGUUUGUGGUCCACUGAUUGAGGUCCAAGGAUGGCAAGGGUUUUUGGUAGAUAUUUGGGUCAUCAGUCCACUUUGCUUCCAUGAAAGCCACUAGUGUGGAGCGGGGACCGGAAGAUCCCAGGGUUGCCCUGCUCGUGUGCAGGUCUUAGGCCAUUAUGUUUUUAACAUGGAGACUCCUUAUCUUAACACUUGUUAAGAGAUUUACUCAUUUUGAGGAGGACAAAAUGAGAUAAUACAUAUGGUGACCUCUAAUACGGCACUCUGCACGGGCAAAGUAGAUGUGCAAUUAAGUCUUUGAUGGGCUUGAUCCUGAUCUAGCUUAACCCUUUCCACUGUCACACUGUGUUUGUACAGGUGUCCAGAAAAACCUGGUCACCUGCUUCCUGUCUUCCCAAUUGGCAUUCCUGGUGGUGACCCUCUCUGAGCAGCCUUCCCUCUCUCGACCCCUUAUUCGCUGACUUCAGAUACAUUUUUGUGAAUUCAAUCAUGAAUAUUCAAGUUACCACAAUAUGGUGUCAGAAAAUUUUGAGUAAUGCCAGUAUCCAAACCCCAUGGAUAAAAAUGUCAUCUCUGUAAAAAUUGUGGAGGAGAAAAAAGAUGUGUCAACAGGGAUCAUCUAUAGAAAGAGGAUUGCAGUCUGUCAAAAUGUGGUUCCAGAAAUUUUAAGGAAGGUGAACAUUUUAAAGGUACCUAAUGUCCAGUUAGAAGAGGAAUCAUGGUUCAAUCCUCAGGAAAGGAACAUGGCUAUAAGGAGUCACUGCCUUACGUGGACACAAUAUGCAUCCAUGAAGGAAGAGUCUGUCUUCCGGGAAAGUAUAGAAAAUCCAAAUUGGACAGAGUUCAUUCAAAAAGGCAGGAUUUCAAUCACAGGGGCUGGUUUUCUCAACUGCAUUUUGGAAACUUUUGCCAGCACAUUUUUAAGACAGGGUGCCCAGAAGGGAAUUAGAAUAAUGGAGAUGCUGUUAAAGGAACAGUGUGGUGCCCCCUUAGCUGAAUAAAGAAUCAUCAGGAAGCUGUGUUGUGUCUACUUUUGCUCGAGAAUCUUUUCUCGGACACAACACAUCCAAAGACACAGUUUUCGAAAUACAGGUAUAAGAAUGCGGUGUUGGCAGCUUACAGAAGAGGAAACCUUUCUGCCGGGAUAUGACAUGAUGCACUCCCCCUGGGAGCCGACCUCAGAUAGCGGCUCUCGUGGAGCUGAGACCUUCUGGCUGAUUCUUAUGGCAUAAUCUCUACGGUUUUACAAAUAAAGGAAAAAUCCCAUAGAAGGUGAUGUCUGCCCUUCUUCAGGAUGUCCUGCUGAGUGCCUGGUGGCGGUGUUGGGGCAGCCAAGGAUGGGCCAGAGGCAUGGAAAAUUCUGCUUUUGCCUGUUUGUUCUCUCCGUCGUUGCUCAUAGGAUUCAUGAGAGGAUUCUGGGGCGAAUAAAGGACUUAAACCUGAUACCUGAUUCUUAGGUGGCCUGGAACAGACAGGAAUAUACCAUACCUGUGUUGAAGUUAAGCCACAUUCACAGUAAUGUUGAAGAUUCUCAGAAAUCAGGAGCAUUUGAUUUCUCCCCAUCAGUACUACAUCCCUGCCGUCAGCUAGCUUUUAUAAUAUAACACAUGAACUGUGAUUGGUCCUUAAAAGCACCUGGGGAGUGGGGAGACAGGCUCCUUCUAACUCAUUCUGGGCUGUGGAGCAGAUUAUGCGAUCUCUCUGUUUUUCAUUGGGCAAAUGGGGAUAGUUGGGCACAGGUCUUUCUACUUGUGUUGAUUAAACAAGGUUGUUUGGUAUGAAAAGCACAGGUUUGGGAGUCAGAAGGACUCCGGUUUGCGUCUGAGCAGGGCCAUGCAGCAGCUCGGUGAUUACGUAUGUAAUUUAAAAUCUUUCUUAAAGAUCUUUCCUAGAUUCCUUUUUUAGGUUUAUAAAAUGGGAUUAUAGAGUUAACCUUAUGAGGCUGUUGGAACAAUUGGAGAUCAUGUGAUAAAGUGCCUAGCAUGCUACCUGGUACACAGAAGUAAAUAGAAGCUAUUAUUAGUACUUGAAACCAUUUUGGAAAUAUACUUUUCUAAUGUAAGGUAAUGUAGUAGUAUUGUUUGAAAAUUAGGUGACGGGAGUUUGCAUUCCCCAUGAUCCGAAGCCAAAAUGUAAAUGCACGCUACCUAAAAGAAAACUUGAAGAGGGGCAAUAAUUUGGAAUUCAUUGUCUUAAGUUAAAACAAGUUGGGCCAUUACUGGAAAGUCCUGGGGAAAUUAUUUUUUUUAAUAUUUGAAAAAUUUUCCAUUUAGUGAAUGAUGAAUUUCAAAGCAAUUGUUUUCUUAAAUUUAUUUUUCUUUAUCUUUUUUUAAACUUUAAUACAAGCCUGCCACUGUGAGCUCCUUUUAUUGCAUUUGAGCUGUUUGUGCUGCCUGAGUUUUGUGUCUUAGGAUAAUUUCCCUUCAUUUCCUUAGUGUUUCAUUCUUCAGUUGUGUUGGAGGGAAAAUGAAUGGUAGAAACCAGAACACACUUUGCCCUUUUUCCAGUUUGUAAAUGGCAGUUGGUAGGCUUUAGGAAUAAGAGCACAUUUACACAAAUAAAAGGUGAUGUGAAUUAUCACAGAGGUGAGAGGCGAGAAAUCUGUACUUGGAGGUUGACGUUAGAAUAAACGUAAUUCUGGGAGUUCCCUGGUGGCCUGAUGGUUAGGACUCCAAGCUUUUCACUGCCAGGGUCUGGGUCCAAUCCCUGGUUGGGGAACUGAGAUCCCGCAAGUCUCCUGGCACAGCCAAAAAAAAAAAAAGAAAGAAUGAAUGUAACCCUUCAUACUCAACAACUUGCAUUCUGUGAAAGCAGUUCUCAACCUUGACUGUCCAUUAGAACCACCUGGGAGCUUUCUGCACUCCUGCUGCCUACCUUAUUACAUCUGGGACUAAUAAGUCAGAAUCUCUGGGGGUGGAACCCAGUCAGCAGUAUUUUUUAAAGCUCCCUAGGUGAUUCCAAUGGCCAGCGAACACUACAGUUCUGGGUGAUUUGCAGAUAUUAUCUGAUUCCUUUCUUCACAUCUCCAAGGUAGGAAAGUAUCUUUGUAGUAAGAAUUAUUGUUAGAGUGAAGCACAGAGAGGCUGAUUUUUUGCCUUAAUUCCUUGAAGCUCACGUGGCCAGUGCAAAUGCCUGCAGGGGUCUGGCAGGUGAUGUGAUGUGUGCAGCAGGCUGGCGGCCAGUGGGGAGACCCCAGGAGUACCGUGGCUGUGGUGAAAGGUGGGCAGCUGCUGCCCGGCUCCAGCACAGUGUUGCCAAGUGGCUGGUUUUUCUAGUUCUUCCAAUUUCCAAUUUUCCAGGAAAAGAUAGUAUUAAAAAAAAGAAAGAAAUCACCCAAUUUUUAUGUGUUGGCAACGAAUUCAGGAUUGUUUAAAACAUUGUGCCUGCCAAACAAAACAUGUUUGCCAGUAGUUUCCAGCCUUUGCUUCAAGAGUGUUAAGGACCAGCUUAAACAUCUCAGCCAACUUUUAAGAGAUUUGCGUUUCCCUAUUCUGGUUGUAAGCUGCUUUCUGCCUCUCCUCCAAGACUGCUUUUACAUGUAUUUUCCUCCCCAUUCCCAAGCAAUCCUCUGAACUUGCAUCAGACACUUAUCCUCAGUUUCCACCCCCCACCCCCGUGGGCAUCCAUUACUUCAGGUUUCACAUAUAUGGCUUAGAAAUCGUAUGCUCCUUUUAAAAUUAGUUAGGGCUUGUUAAACUUUAUUUUUAUUAUGUGUCAGAAUCUUCUUCCUGUGAUAAAACAUUUAGAAGUCCACAUGUAAUUUGAUUAUCUAUAAAAUGUCAAAACCGGGAGUAUAGCCUUACUGGGUGCAUUAGGAACAAGGGUGGGAAGGGUUAAUUCACAGAUCUGACCAGUCUCCUCCUGACUGGGUUGCUGAACCUACACACGGAAGGUGCGGAGGUAUUACAGUGAUUCCCAGGCUUCUACUUGUACCAGAAAUCCUUGGGUAGGUGGGCUCAACUGCAGGUUCCCAGGGCCUCCCCCAGAGAUUCUGAUUCAUGGAAUUUCAUUUGGGACUCGGGGAUCUGCAUUUUAAAACGAGUUCACCAGGAGUCUUGGUCGUGCUGUUUCGCAGACCAGAUUUUGAGAAACAGUGAUUUAGGGGAGGUGUUUGUGGCCUCUGUGUCUUCUAUCAUUUAAGAAGGGCUUAUAGUCAAUUGGGCCUACUGAUCAAUACAGCUGAUCACUCAGGACAUAAUAUAAAGUUCUCAUGCACAGAGAAGCUGACUGAGGCUAUCCCUACAUGGUUGAGGUGCUUUUUACCAUGAACGGGCUUUUAUGGUUUCAAUCGUGGGAAUAAAAAGGUGCUAUAUUCUUUUGAUAUAAAUUGCUUUGUGUAUUUUAUAAGCAGUACCUGUGUAGUAAUAUCCCAUUUAUCAGACAUCGUGGGUGCAUGGUAUAGCUGACUCAAGGUUAUUCUUUUAAGUGUCACAUCUUUUUUGCUCUAUUUCUGCCAUUUACACGGAGCUCUUUUUUUUUUUCACAUCUUCAUUGGAGCAUAAAUGCUUUACAAUGUUGUGUUUCUGCUGUACAACAAAGUGAAUCAGCUAUACGUAUAUAUAUAUCCCCAUAUUGCCUCCCUCUUGAGCCUCCUCCUAAUUUAGUAUACAUUUCCCUGCUUUUGCAAACAGAAUCUACUGAAGAUAAUGAAAUCAUUUCAGAGUCAUCAUUUAUGUUUUGAAUUCUUCCAGGUCCUAUUUAGGUUUGUUAAAGCCCCUCCACUGAAUGGCUCUGCUCUUUGAGUUUUGCCAUGGUUUUCAUAGUUUCUUCUUUUCCGUCACUGUUCCCUGUCGUUUCUCUCUUCCUUCACUCUGCCUGUCUCUAGGAACUUUGCUCUCCUUUACUAUAUGGAGUUGGGAAUUGCUGUAAUUGCAUACUGUAUGUCAAGUAACAGUAAACAGGAGCUGAGUCAGUCUUUGGGAGGCUUUUUUCAGCAGCGAAACGGAUGAACGUUGCUGCAUUGACUUGGUGACAUUAUUUUAGUGGCUCUGCUACUUCCUCUAACUUACUUCCUCAUCCUCGACUGCAGUUGUCUGAUCUGUGACCUCAAGAUAACCGAGAUACUGCUACAAAUGAUUUACUUAGAUCUGUAAGCUGUUGUCUCCCCAGCUGUGUUAGUGUUUUUAUAUGUCCAGUUUUAUAAUGUGAAACGUAAGUAGAUUACAAGUGAACAUUUCUGUGCCAAGUUUCUGUGCAGGAUAAAGUGUUUUUGAUGCAGUGUUACUGUGAUCUAGAGCUAUAAAUCAGUUGUAUACCUGUGAAAUUCAAUCCUGCCGUCCUUCUGAAAUAAAGGUGUCACAACUAA